AUGCCUUUCUCCGGUAGUCUUUCCAACAAAAAGAGAUCAUUUGGGGGCUCCUACUUGACCUCCGUCCUCUUGUACGACUACCGACGCACGACGCGGCUAGUAGUCGGCCGAGCCGUUGCCGUUGUGAACCGUGUAUCCAAACGCGGUGCCGCCAUCUUCGGUCAUUUCGGAAUCGCCGCUCAGUACAUGUUGCUGGUUCUCUGCGCCUGGGUUGGGCCCGCUGGCCCCGGCUGCAAACUGCCCGGUAGGCUUGUUCUGAUUUGCGAGGAGGGUCUCGUACCACCAAUCAAUACCAAUAGUUCAGAUAAACGUUUUCGCUUGCGUUGA